AUGAAAAGGGAAAAAAAGAAAGAAAUACAUUUGGGUAUGCUUCACUUUUUGCAGACCUUGAACCCCAGAGAUGGGGAAACCCGUUUAUACCUACUAAAAACCCUUUUGCAUGAAUUGCCUGCCCGAAGCCCCGGGAAGCCCAAAUGCGACUAUCACGCAUCUCUCUUUCCCACGGGCCCCACCUAUUUCUUUGGAGUGCCGAUUCGCUUCUCGCAGUGGAAACCAAACCACCUGCCACAAGUUAUGUUGAUCUGCAAACUUUUUUUCUUUUCAAAGCGGGGAACCGCACUUGCCACGGCAAUGGGGUCUUGA